UACAGUCUCAAUGGCGGAACGUCGAGUGCGGAAAUCGCUCUGUUCCACUGCAGAAAUUGUGAUAGUACCGUAGGAUAUGAGGUUGUAGAGGACAGGUGACAUGAUGAGGCUACGGGGUGCCUUGACCUUCCUCGAACUGCUUGUGCUGCAGCUGCAGUGGCAAACUGCUGUUUUGCUGUCACACUCUGAUUUUCACUCAACUUUAACACAGGAAAACUUCCACUUUUCACAAAAAAAUUACAAUGGAACCAUACCGGAAAAUGCCCAUGGGAAAACUUACGUCCUAUCUCCAAUGCGGAUGGGAGUUUCUCGAUUGAACUCAUCUGUAGAUGUAGAAUACAAAAUAGACAGAGGUGACAAGAGUAAAAUAUUCAGGGCAGAACCUGUAUGCAUUUUAGAUUUCUGUUUCUUACGGAUAAGAACGAGGACGGAUGCAUCGGGUGAAUUAAAUCGUGAACAUAAGGAUACGUUUGACUUACAUGAAAGCAGAGGGAAGUAUCCCACUGGAUGGAAAGUACUCAGUGCAUUCACUUACGUUCGAGUGACCGUAAUUGAUGAGAAUGAUCUAAGUCCCCUAUUUUAUCCUGAAGAAUAUAGUGUUUCCAUCCCAGAAAACACAACCAUUCACAAGGGUAUUGCAAGGGUGACUGCAUCAGAUGCUGAUAUAGGAAUUAAUGGAGAAAUCUACUAUUCAUUUGUAAAGUCCAAAACUUUUGCAAUUCACCCAGCUACAGUGGUAUCUCUAACCAGACCUUUGAACUACAGUGUGGAGAAAGAGCAUAAACUGAACAUCCUUGCUAAUGACCGAGGGCUUAAAACAAAGGGGUCACAAAGAAGUAGCACAGCGCUGGUCAUAAUAUCUGUGCAGCCAGUUAACUACCAUUCACCUUCCAUAAUUGUUCACAGGCUCCCAACAGUUGCUGAACAUGGAAAUAUUGGCACAGUUUAUGCAAUUCUCACUGUAACUGAUGAUGAUAUUGGAAAUAAUGGAAAAAUUAACCUUGUUGCUAUUGCAUCCGGAAAUGUUGGUGAUAGAUUUGCCAUUGUAAAAUCAAGAGAAGCAGAAGGCAUAUAUAACAUAAGAGUUGCUGCAAACCUUGACAGAGAAUUAACACCAUAUGGAUAUAAUCUUACAGUGAUUGCAACUGACAUGGGUUCACCUUCUUUGACAACAACAGUUCUGGUGCAUGUUGCUAUACAGGACACAAAUGACAAUGUACCAGAAUUUGAUCAGAAGGAAUUCAAUGUGUCAGUGUCUGAAGUUGUACCUUUAAACACUCCAGUUACAACAGUGAAAGCUGGGGAUCUAGAUCUUGGUCGGAAUGGUGAAGUUGAAUAUAGCAUUGGAAGUGGAAAUGACAAGAACAUAUUUAAAAUUGAUAUGGAAUCAGGACUCAUCACAACCAGAUCAUUUCUAGAUGCAGAGAAGCUUCAGAUGAUCAGACUUCAAAUCUUAGCUGAAGAUAAAGCAAACUCUGGAGCAAGAAAGAUCGGUCAAACCUUUGUCAAUAUUUAUGAAGAUUUUAAUGACAAUGCACCAGUUUUUGAUGAAACUCAGCUUUCUGGCAGUAUCGUAGAAAAUGCAGCAAAUGGGACAAUGGUUUUGCAAAUAUCUGCAACUGAUGCAGAUGCCGGUGAGAAUGGUAGAGUGAGCUAUUCAAUUGUGAAUUUUCACAUGGCUCCUUUUGAAAUUGAUCAUUUCACUGGUAUCAUCACAACUACCAGACCUCUUGAUUAUGAAGUCAUGCAAAAGGUGUAUAACGUGGUUGUUAGGGCUUCGGACUGGGGUGCUCCACACAGACAUGAAACUGAGGCUGUCGUUAAAAUAAAACUUGAGAAUGUAAAUGAUAAUGAACCAGUGUUUGAGAAAGUAGACUGUAGUGGCUACCUGUCACGUGAUGCUAGGGAAAAUACAGAAAUUGUAAUUCUUCCAGCUAUAGAUUUUGAUGAGGGGGAUAUUAUUACUUACAGAAUUGUUGAUGGUAAUGAAAAUAAUUGCUUCAGUAUGGAACCAUCCACUGGAGUUGUCUCUCUGGGUAAAUGUAAUCUAGCAGGCAUAGAUAGUGACACCAUAAGACUUCUUAUAGAUGCUACAGAUGGUGCUCACUACUCUGUUCCAGCUGUCAUCAAUCUCUCAUUGGUAAACAGCAAAACUAGUGUGCAGGAAAAGGCCAUUGUCAACUGUAAGGAUACAAAUGUAACAGAUCUACUUCAGAACAUGAUAAGAGCGUCCAACGAAAACAACAAAGACACUAGGCAUGCCCCAGAGUUUAGUUCUUCAGUGCCCAAGUACUUUGAAGUCUCUGAAAGUACUCCUCCAGGGACAUCUGUCCUGAACAUGACUGCAACAGACAGAGACACCAGUUCUUGGUACAAUAGCAAAAUAUUGUAUGUUAUCUCAGCUGGGAAUUCUGACGGUGCAUUCCAAAUUGAUACCUUCAGUGGGAGUCUAAUUGUCAUGUCUAAACUGGACAGAGAACAUCAGGGUGAAUACAGCUUACAAGUGAAUGCUCAAGAUAUGGGCAAACCAUCACAUUCGGCUCAACAGCUACUGAGAAUUGUGAUUUCGGAUGAAAAUGACAACCCACCGAUAUUUGAACAUGAUGAAUAUGAAAAAAGGGUGUAUGAAUAUGUUGCUGUAAACUCCACUGUGUUACAGGUGUAUGCUACAGAUAAUGACAGAGACCUCAAUGCCAGGAUUAAGUAUUCGCUUUUGACUGACACAGAGGAUUUCUAUAUUGAACCAUCUAAUGGCAUGAUCAAAGUUAGAAGGCAGCUUGAUAGAGAGAGGCUAGCGGUAUAUCAAUUGAGUGUCAUGGCAAAGGAUUCUGGUUUGCAGACAACUCUUUCAUCAACAACACAGGUUACGAUCACACUUCAGGAUGUCAAUGACAAUGAACCAAAAUUUGUUCCUUCAAGUUACAGUGUGAAAGUCAGAGAAGAUUUACCUGUUGGUACAGUUGUCAUGAUCCUUACAGCAAAUGAUCCUGAUGUUGGGGAGAAUGGACUUGUAACUUAUGAACUUGUUGAUGGUAUGGAUGACAAAUUUGAUAUAGAUGAUGUGAGCGGCACCAUUCGUUUGCUCAAGAAACUGGAUUAUGAGACAAAACAAGUAUAUAACAUAACUGCAAAGGCAGUUGACUGUGGCACCCCAACACUUGUAUCAACCUGUUUUAUGAAUGUAGAAGUGGUGGAUGUUGAUGAAAAUCUCAGUGCGCCACAUUUUGACACUUUUGUGGUACAGGAUUAUGUAUAUGAAAACAAGCCCAUUGGAACAUUUGUUACACAUGUCAGUGCAACGGACUAUGUUGGACCUUCUGAGAAAAGGGGUCAGGUGGUGUACUCCAUUCGUGAUGGUUCUGGCUUGGGUCGGUUUUCCAUUGACAACAAUGGUAAGUAUGAACUAUCCCGAACUUCUCAAGUACUUGAUCGAGAGACCAUCUCUCAUUAUUGGCUGACAGUAUAUGCCCAAGAUGGAGGACUUGUGCCAAAGUUUGCACGUCAGGAAGUUCUUAUUAAAAUUGUAGAUGAAAAUGAUAAUGUCCCUCUUAGUCGUCAGCCUAUAUAUCAUGUGAGUGUACCUGAGAACAGCAGGGAAGGAGUGGAGAUAAUUCAAGUAGAAGCCGAUGAUGGUGACUUGAGUGACACACAGAAAAUCACUUACCAGAUAACUGGAGGAGAUCCCCAGCACUUCUUCAAAAUCCACAGCACUCAAGGCAUGAUCAGCACUACAGGGAGAGCAUUGAACAGAGAAGAUGUUCCUGAACAUGCACUGGAGGUUACAAUAUCUGACAAUGAUGCCCGUUCUCCACUCUCAUCCAAGACUCGUGUUGUCAUAAAGGUUCUUGAUGAGAAUGAUAAUCGACCACAGUUUGCAGACAAAGCUCCAUAUAUUAAGGUUCUCGAAUGUGUUAGAGGAGACACUGACAUUGAGGUGUAUCGUGUGGUAGCUAAGGACAGCGAUGAGGGUCAGAAUGCUUAUCUUACAUAUGCAAUCAAGUCCCAACGAGGAAAUGGACAGACUCAGUUCAGAGUGGAUUCUGUUACUGGGAUUGUAUACUCCACCAAGGACCUUGUUCAAGGGAAAAAGUAUGAGCUUCAGGUAAGAGUAACUGACAGCGGGACCCCUCGCAGAAAAGCAAUCAUCAGACUAAACAUUGAAGUUGUGUCCAAACAAAUGAUUUCUGCCAACCCACCAACCUUUCUAAAGGCACAUUAUUCUGUGUCAGUAGCUGAAAAUGAGCUUGUUGGAGAACUUUUAGAAAUGCUUUCUGCUGAAGAUAAAGAUGGCGACAGCAUUUGGUAUUCAAUACGAGAUGGUAACCAAGAUAACAAGUUUGCAGUUCAACCUCAGCAUGGCACCCUGUUUGUGGCAGGUGGCCUUGAUUGGGAAACUCAUCCAAGCUACAACCUUACAGUGUGUGCAACAGACGGGGUGUACAGCUCAUGUGUGCCAGUCCACAUCAGUAUAAUUAACAACAAUGAAUACGAACCAGAGUUCUCUGAAGAAUUUUAUAAUGCUGAAAUAUCUGAGAAUGUAGCAGUGAAUACUAAUGUGCUACAAGUGUUUGCAACUGAUAGGGAUAAAGACAAGCGUCUUUUCUACACCUUGUCUUCAGCAGGAAGUACUGUGAGCAUGCAGAAAUUCAAAAUUCAUCCAGAAAGUGGAAUAAUACAAGUAGCAGAAUCUUUGGACCGAGAAGCUCUCUCACAUCACACACUUACUAUCAUGGUGGGAGAUGAAGGAACUCCAUCCAAGAAGAGUUUUGCCAGGGUUAAUGUAACAGUUCUUGACCACAAUGAUCAUGCGCCUCAGUUCCUGUCUGAAUCAUUCGUGGGUCGAGUGUUUGAGACUGCAGCCAUUGGAACAUCGGUGCUACAGGUCAUAGCUGUUGACAAUGACAAAGGGGAAAAUGCAGAGAUAUGCUUUUCAAUCAUUUCAGGAAACAUUGGAGGAUCAUUUGUCAUUGAUGAGAAACUUGGCAUUCUGAUCACUUCCAAGGAACUUGAUCGCAUGAAACAGUCCAAAUAUGAACUUGUUGUCACAGCAACAGAUAGGGGUGCUCCAUCAUUAAGUUCAACUGCUAGGAUCUCAAUUGCGGUUACUGUGUCAAAUAACUCCCCUCCCAGAUUCAAAAAUGUUGAGUAUGUUGUUGAACUCAAGGAGAACUCGGCUGCUGGUCAUAUUGUUCUAGUUGUACAAGCUGAGAGUCAGUCCUCUGUAGUUUAUGAAAUAACAAGUGGUAAUCACUUCGAUAUGUUGAUGAUCAAUCCAAAUUCUGGUGUUAUUUCAACAAAGGAGGUUCUUGACUAUGAACAACACCACAUGUUUAAUUUAACAGUCACAGCCACAAAUAUUGUUGGAGCUACAUCAACGGCAACAGUUGUUAUACACGUUACAGAUGAAAAUGACAAUAAGCCUGAGUUCUUUCAAAAAACAUAUUAUGGAAAUGUAAGUGAGAUGGCAAAUAUUAAUAGUAUGGUAUUUACCAAAGAAGGAUCUCCUCUUGUUGUCCAAGCUCGUGACAAAGAUUCUGGAACAAAUUCUCGACUAAAAUAUCAAAUAACAGAUGUAAGAAUCAGAGCCUUCUUCGACAUUGAUUCCAGCACUGGUGCUAUCAAGACCAGAUCUUCUCUGGAUCAUGAAACAAAGAGCAUGUAUAACUUCACAGUCCAAGUUUCUGAUUUAGGCCAACCAAGCCUUGUUGCUGACAUUGCAGCACAAGUUAUCAUCUAUGUGUCAGAUGUCAAUGAUUCACCACCCAGAUUUACUAAUCAUACCUUCACGUCAACAGUUCUCCUGCCAACAUACAAGGAUGUCGUUGUCAUUCAUAUAACAGCAUUUGAUCCUGAUACAACUGUCAAUGCUCCACUUUCAUACAGCAUCGUGGAUGGCAAUCAUGGGAAUCAUUUUAAUAUCAAUUCAGAAACUGGUGAAUUGUUUGUUGAAAAUGAAACGAACAUGGAUAAGAAAUAUAAUAUAACAGUUCAAGUUAGUGAUACCAAAUAUGACACCACAGCAUCUGUCAUUAUAGCUGUGCAGAAAACAGUUGAUACAGGUCUACAUUUCACCAAAAAUGUGUACAAAGCUACAAUACAAGAACAAGAAGAAGCCUCUCAAGUACUGAUAGCUGUGAUGGCUGUUGGGCAUAGAUUAAACGAACCAUUGGAAUUUACUCUGUUAAACAAUAGAGCAAUGUUUUCAAUCAAGAUGACGUCAGGUGUUAUUGAGACACUGGGAUACCCGUUUGAUAGGGAGCAUGUUGGAAACUACACGCUUGUUAUUGAAGUGAAAGACACCAGGGGACGAUUAGCGCAUUGUCUUGUUAUCAUAACUGUGACUGAUAUCAAUGAUAAUGCACCAGUGUUUGUAGGCAUGCCCUACAAUUCUGUUGUGUCUUUUGAUGCCUCUGAUGACACAGUAGUGAAAAGGGUACAAGCCUUUGACCUUGAUGAAGGCAGUAAUGGCCAGGUAAGAUACAGCAUCACUGAUGGAGGCCAAGGAAAGUUCAGCAUCAACCACAUCACUGGUGACAUCACAGUUGAGAGACUAUCCCCAACAGAUGAAAACAAGAUUUUUGAACUGAAAAUAGAAGCUCAGGAUAUGGGUCACAAGCCCCAGAGAUGUGAAGCAAUUGUCUCAAUACAUGUAGUUGAUCGCAACAGUCCUGUUUUUGAUAAGCAAGUGUACAACGUGAGUGUGUUUGAGAAAAUCGCCGUGCACACUCCUGUCAUCAACAUCCAGGCCCUCAGUCCACAGAAUCACAAAAUAAUAUAUUCCAUCAGUGGGGGAGACAAAUAUGGUGACUUUGCUGUCAAUUUUGACACAGGCUUGAUAUCUGUUGUUGGCACUCUGGACUAUGAAGAAGCAAAGACUUAUCGCCUUACACUGCGGGCCACAGAUGCACACACAGGAAGUUAUUCAGAAGCCAUUGUGUUUGUUCACCUCAAUGACAUCAAUGACAAUGCACCAGUAUUUGAAAGCCAAAGUUAUACAGAGGCUGUGAGAGAAGGGGUUGCUAUUGGAACAGAAAUCUUAUCAGUGAAAGCAAUUGAUCAAGAUGUUGGUCUGAACAGCUUGGUUCAUUACAGCAUUGCACCAAUUUCUAUGGCCCAUGAAGAUGUCCAUUACUUUCACAUUGACUCAGAAACAGGUGUAAUUAUUUCAAAGAAGAAAUUAGACUUUGAGAGACGGUCUGAUUUCUACUUUUUGGCAGUAGCUAUUGAUUGUGGUAUUCCAGCUCUGAAUUCUACAGUGGUUGUUCAUAUCAUUUUAAUGGACCUGAAUGACAAUGCACCACAUUUCAGCAGGACCUAUUAUGAAUGCAGCAUCACUGAUCAAGCAAAGCGGGGUCAGCUUGUCACAAAGGUGUUUGCAUAUGAUGAUGACCAGUCAAACAGUGGAUCUCUUUUCUAUUCGCUUGUCGAUGGUAAUGAGAGGAAGACUUUUGCGAUCGAUUCCAGUUGUGGUUUAAUUACAGUUUCACAAUGGCGAAAACCAGAUUUUGAGUCCUUAUACAUGUUGAAUGUGUCGGUGACUGAUGGUGUGUAUACCAGCUAUGCAAGAGUCACGGUGACUGUGAGAAAUACCAAUAAGCAUGCUCCAGUGUUUUCUCAUGCUGAGUACUUUACAGAAUAUUCUGAGAUCAAUGGAAAAGGGAUGCCUGUGUUGACAGUAUCAGCGACAGAUGAAGAUCGUGGCACAUAUGGCCUCAUGACCUACACAAUACCUAGUGACAGAAUGAAAGAAAUUUUCCACAUUGAUGCAGACUCAGGUGAGAUGUUCACAAAGGAGGAGCUUGACCGUGAGAAGCAAAGCUUAUAUGUGGUACCAGUUGCUGCUACAGACAAUGGGGGACAGAUGGGAUUUUGUUCAGUUCACAUUACAGUUGGGGAUUUCAAUGACUGUAUCCCUCACUUCCUUGUCACCAAUUACCAGGGCAACGUGUUUUCCAAUGCCACAAUUGGUCAGCAUGUCUUGCAGGUAAAGGCGACAGAUGAAGAUGCAGGCAUUAAUGGAAAGCUUGUCUAUUCACUCUAUCCAAACAAGGAGGCUUUCAACCCAUUUCAUCUUGACUCAACAACUGGACUUAUCACUGUGAAUGGAGAUCUCUCACAAUCAGCAAACAAGGUUUUCCAGUUCUUUGUUGGAGUGGGAAAUGAGGAGGAACUGUCAAUGCAAGAUCGUGCUGCAGUGGACAUUCUGGUGAUGGGUCCAGGGGACAAUCCACCUACAUUUGAGAAGAACCAGUAUGCUUUCUUUGUUCAGGAAGAUGUUGCUGUUGGAUCUAUCAUUGCCACCAUAAAGGCUACAGCUGAUCAGCCUGUGACCUACAGUAUUGUUCCAGAAUCAAUCAAGAGCACCAAUCUUAACAAGUUCCAUGUAAACUCAAAAGGACAAAUAACAAUAUCAGAGGAGCUUGAUCAUGAGGAGACCAGCUCUUAUUUGCUAACAGUGAAAGUUGAAACAGAAACCUCACCACCACUUGCUGCAUACACAGAGGUCAGCAUACAACUGCAUGAUGUAAAUGAUAAUGACCCAGUCUUUGACUCUAAUCCUUAUUUGGCAUCUUUGGUUGAAAAUGCAGCGGUUGAAACCAGAAUAAUUCAACUUCAGGCUUAUGAUAAAGAUCAGCCAACCAUGUUUACAUACACAUUUGGUGAGGGGAUGGAAGAAAUGGCCAACAUAUUUGCCAUUGAAGCUCACACUGGUUGGUUAACACUGAUAUCUACCCUGGAUAGGGAAAUGAAAGAUGAAUACAAUCUGAGUGUUGUUGUUUAUGACGACGCUGAUAGGCAUAGCAACCACAGGCACAGCUCUAGCACAUCGGUUCUCAUAACUGUGACAGACUUCAACGAUAAUGCCCCGGUCUUCAUAGAUAAACAUUUGAACACAGCAGUGAAUGAAGGAGCUGUCCAGGGUACUGUUUUACGCAACAUCAGUGCUUUUGACAGGGACACUGGUGAAAAUGCUGAGAUAUCUUACUACAUAACAGGAGGCGAUCCGUUGGGGCAGUUUCAAGUGCACAGCACAGGAGAGUUGUUUGUCAACAAACCCCUUGACUGGGAAACUAAGUCCCACUACAAGCUGACUGUGGCUGCAACUGAUGGAGGGUUUGUCACAUAUGUCACCAUUAAUGUGGAUAUUCUAGAUGACAAUGAUCAUGCUCCAAAGUGUGAAAAGGUGAGGAUUUGUGUUUCCUGCAGCAGUAUCAUUGUAUCAUUCGUGUGCUUCAUUGACUACAUCCAAGCAUCAGAUGAAGAUGAAACCAACACACCAUACUCCAAGAUAUCAUAUUCUGUCUCGGGACAUGGAGCGGAUUUUUUCAUCAUUGAAAAAAAUUCAGGUGUUUUGAGGACAAGGAAAACUUUGGACCGAGAAAAAACACCUUUCUAUCAUCUCCAUGUGGCAGCUGUGGAUGGGGGUGGAAACUCUUGCACUUCUGACGUACUUGUUACGAUCACAGACAUAAAUGACAACAAGCCAGAGUUUACUCUCAAGACAACAACAUUCCACAUCCCCGAGAAUGCACAAGCUAACACUCUACUUACCAGAGUAACUGCAACCGAUAAAGAUAGUGGUGAUUGGUCCCAGGUACAAGCCACGGAUGUAGACAGUGUAUCAAAUGCACAAAUCCACUACAAACUUGUCAGUGGUGACAUGGAGGGAAAAUUCACUAUCGGCAAAGAUACAGGGGUCAUAAGGAUCAAAGAGGCUCUCGACAGAGAAAUGAUUGACCACUAUGCCUUGAUUAUUGAGGCCCAAGACUCCGGGUUUCUCCAAUCUCAUUCUGCUACCACUGUUGUGUCUGUGCAUGUACUGGAUACCAAUGACAACCCACCUCGUUUUACUCAAGCAAAUUAUACAGCCAGAGUUCAGGAAGGACGUCGAACAGGUGACAGCAUACUGAUGUUCAUGGUAACAGAUAUCGAUAUGGUAGAAAAUGGGCCUCCUUUUGAUUACGAUAUCAUCAGUGGAAACGGUAAUAGGGAAUUUCAUAUAAGUAAUGAUGGGAAGCUAAGCAUAGCUGGAAAGCUAAACAAAGAGCUGAAAGACACUUAUGAACUGACAGUUCGUGUAUAUGACAGUGGAAGACCAAGUCAGUAUGCUGAUACUUCAGCCACCAUCUAUGUGGUUGAUGAAAGUAUUCAUGCCCCUGUUGUUCGGAAUUUGUCCAUUACUAUCAGCUCAUACAAGGAUAAGUUCCCAGGAGGAGUCAUUGGGAAAGUUGACUACAAAGAUGAUGAUCCGUAUGAUACAGUUAUCUUCCAGGUUGUUUCCAAUAAUCGUUAUCUGUUUGAUGUUGAUCGCCACAAUGGGAAUGUUAUCGCACUACUAGGACUUGAUGCUGGCCACUAUGAAAUCAAUAUCAGUGUUAGUGAUGGAAAGUUUACAAGUUUUUCUCAAGUUUCUGUUGAUGUUGUAUCAAUAUCUGAAGAAAUGGUUGACAAUGCAAUUACUAUCCAGUUUGCAAACAUGAUACCAGAACAAUUCUUUGCUAACAGCAAGAAAGAUUUUCAGGACAUCCUUAAAAGAGAACUUGAUGUCAGUGCAAGAAAUAUCAAAAUAAUCAAUGUUCAACCAGCAACCGGCCCAAAAUUUCCUGGACGAUGGAAGAGAGAUACAUCGAGCAAUCUUGAUGUCCUUUUUGCUGUGAGAAAAUCUGGGGACCGCUUUUUUAAGAAAAACUCCCUCAGGAAAAAAGUACUGCGUGCAGCACAACGUAUUGAGUCGGCUGUUGGGGUGCAAGUCAUCAAGGUGUUCAGUGAUACUUGUACUGAUGUAACGUGCACAGAAGGCAUCUGUGUUGGAAGAGUUGUGUUUGACAACAACAGGCUUACACCAGUCAUUGUGGGUGGUGAGAGCUUUGUGUCUGCAAGACACUACUACAGUUAUCAAUGUGUCUGCCAAGGAGAUCACUGUGACUCUCAGUUAUGUGGUGGCACACCUUGUCCGUCCUACAAGUUGUGUGAGCUUGACCAUUUCAACAAAAACGUAUGUGUAUGUCCCAAUGGCAAAACAGGAGACCGAUGUGACAAAGACCCCAUCCAGUGCAAACCGUCUGACGUCAGUUGUCACAAAGGGGACCGUCCAAUGACGUUCAUGGGGCGUAGCUAUGCUCGAUGGGAGCUUAACCUGAAAACUGCCAAACAACUGACAUUAUCUUUGUGGAUCAGGACCAGACAGCUGAACGCCAACUUGAUGAACACCAGAGGAAUUGCAGACUACAGUGUGCUUGAGAUCAUUGAUGGUAAACUGCAGUACAAGUUUGACUGUGGUAGUGGAGAAGGCUUGGUCUCUAUACCCAUAGCUGUUAAUGAUGGCACCUGGCACAAAAUAAAUGUCGAGAGAAAUGGUCGCAUAGCAGAAAUGGAACUGGACAUGGAAUACAAGGCAAUGUCCACAGCACCAGGGACAAAUGAGAUCCUUAACUUGAACACUGACCAAAUCUACUUUGGUGCAGAGGUCAACUGGCGAGAACAGUAUCAGGCCAUCAGUCAUGGGUUUGAGGGCUGCAUGAAGGAUAUCCACAUAUUUGAUAUACCACUGCUGUUCUCAGGGAGCAACAAGGUGACAAAGGAUCAGCUGUUUGAGAGGAUUGAUUUCAACUGUAAAGAGGACCCAUGGAAAAACCCUCCUCCAAACAUCUGCAGUAGUCAUCCAUGCAUGCAUGAUGGCACAUGUGUGUACAGUGGCCUCAACUCAUUCACUUGCCAGUGCAAGGCACGGUACCUUGGUUCCAAGUGUGAAGUGGACACUAACCCAUGCCAGGACAGUCCUUGCCUGCAUCAAGGCCAAUGUUUGAAGGAUACAGAAGUUCCAAAUGGUUUUUCCUGCAAGUGUCAAGGAAAAUUCCAGGGUAAAAAGUGUGAAUAUGGCCAACACUGCAUUCCUAGUCCCUGUCUGCAUGGUGGAACCUGCAUUGAGGGGCCUCACUCACAUAUAUGCCAGUGUCCAGUAGGAUAUAAAGGUGUCCAGUGCGAGAUGACGGCAGACAUCUGCCAUAACAAUCCAUGUCAACAUGGCAGUACAUGCCAUGUGUAUGCAGGUGGAACAUACUACUGCAACUGCACCAUGGACAGGAAGGGGAGACACUGUGAGGACCUCAUAUUGCCAGUCAUCACUGGGGGCAUCAAGGCUGAAGAAAUAUAUGGCAUUGCAGGUGUUGGAGCUGGACUUAUCUUCAUUGUGCUUAUCUUUGUCAUGUGCCGUAUGUGGAGGAGAAAGAAACGAGAACGUAGAAGGAACAAUAUCACCUCUGGUAUUGCAAGUGGAGAUGAUGAAAUUCAGUAUCAUGGCAUGAAAGAACAUGAGAUGAAACGCAAGUUGAGCAACCCAGAUAUGGCUGCUGUUCACACUUACACUCCACAACCUCCCCCUGUGCCCACAAGACCGGCUUCCUACACUCCAAGUACACAUGACUCACUGAACACGCUCAACAACUUUGACACUGUCAGAAACUAUGGCAGUGCUGCAGAUGAGUUGGAGACAACAGGUAUCCAUAACAUCCCAACAUUCCAGGAAUACCUGCAGACGUUCCAGUCUUCACAUCGAAGCAGCCCAAUAAUUCCAUCAGGGCUUCCUCCACCCCCAAGGUCUAAUGCACCCUCAGAUACAGAUUCCAUUCAGAAACAACCAUGGGAGUUUGAGUACCCGAAUAUUUUGGAGAAUUACUCAGAAGUUGACAAAAAACAAGUGACAAAGUCAAUGCCUGGCAUGGUGCCUGUUGCUCAGUGUGGACUCCAGCGACAGGAUGCAAGUUCCUACAGUAGUUUGCCCGUAUCAGAGAGUGAAGAGGACCUGAAUGGCUAUCACUGGGACACUUCAGACUGGGCCCCAAGACCAUCACUCCCCAAUAUCAGUGAGGUUCCAGCUAAAGAAGUUCCUGAUUCCCCAAGCUCUAGUAACAACAGUAAUGAAUCCAACAUCCAUAUUAGCAACAUUGAACCUGACCCAGGAACAGUAACUGAUGAGCCAGACUAUGUCGAAGACUCUGAGUAUGUUGGAGAUUCAGAGUAGGAAAAUGAAUUUGAUAUAGAUGACCAAGAUGACCUUCCACCCUGCUAUGCAGACCAUCCAAACUAUCAACAAAUCUUGGAAUUGCGGGACAUGGAUGACACUUAUGAACUACCUCAAAGUCUUCAAGUAUCUCAUCAUCCAAAUCACUACUUACCCAACUACAGCUUUAGUGGUCAGAUUGGGCAAGACGAAUGGCCUGACCCUCCAACUGAUGAUGAUAACAGUAAUGUCAGUGAUGAUAAUGAUAACGACAGUGUCAUCCACUAUGCCUACCAGAAUGUUGGUCCUCAAAGAAAUAAUCUGGGUCCAGGGUACACUGCUAGGAGUGAGUAUAAUACAGAUCAUAACAGAUCAGCAGCAUCAAUGAUGGAUGACAUGAGUGUCUCGGCUGGUGGUUAUACUUCUACUAAUGGGUCAUGUUCUGAUAUUUCUGCUUAUUUGUGUGAAAUCGAAGACAGUGAAAUUAACCAGAGUGAGGACAGUGGUGAUGAAGACCAGUCUUCACAAAGACUUCUAGCUGCCCAUUUUCACACACAAGUGUGAACAGAUCUUAAGAACAAGCGUUCAACCAUCAUUUCCCAGAUCUGAUGUCUGACUUUUCAUGGUUGUGAUCAGUUUUAUUUCCUGCAGAUUAGAUAUUGUUGUGUUUCUAAAACAGUUUGCAAAGAACAUCAGUAAAAAUGGACUGAUGUUGAUUACACUGUUGACUUUGAAAUUGUGUGCCAAUAGAAAAUAGCAGAAGUGUAACAAGUGUGUACCAUGGUGUACAGUUUCUGCAAAGAAUGCAAAUGUUUGUUUUUAGUGUUUUAUCUAAGUUUAGAAGUCAUAUAUCAUGUACAUGAUAGCAGAUAUGUGAUAAUUAACAUUAUGUUGGGGUUUAAAGUUUCAAAGAGACUAGUCUAGCUGUGAUGGUGCUGAAUGUAGCUAAUGCUCAGAGACUUUGAUAUCAUUCGCUUUAUCAAUUUCAUAUAUUGUGUAGUAUAAUUGGUACAAAAUUCAAAAUUUUGUUGAUCAUGUACAGAUGUUAUGAGGACAUUCCAGUAUGAAAAGGGUGGAGCCUGCACAUGGAAGUGACCAGUCAGGUAACAUUAUUGUUUGGGAUUUGUGAACAUCUUUUCCAUGUUAAAAAAUCAUGAUGUUUUUGAACAAAUUCAGAACUUUUGCACUAUUUUUACAUACCAGAAUAAUUCUGAUACAAUAUUGCACACCUUAUGAACAUAAUGUUUCACAUAAUUUAUUUGGUUGUGAUUAUGUGUUAGUGAAGGCAGUGUUCUUGUCUAAACUCAGUGAUAAGCAAGCGGUGUUGAUAUACAACAAAAAAUAUUAUUUUCAUAUUCUUGUUGUAAAUAUUUCUAUAGUAAAUAUCAUUUAUUGAUGUAGUAUUAGUGUAGCUUCCCAUUGUUUGAGAAGUGUUGGAUUUUGAUAUAUCAUGUUUGUCCAUGACACUAAAUAUUUUUCAACAUUUUAUGGGUUUGUUUUUUUUCAUUUUAUUUUAUUUUUUAUUAUGUCAGAAAUAUCUCAAUUUUAUCUCAUCUGAACCAGACAUUCAAAUGAGCUUCUACCAGUGUCAACAUCUCAAGAAACCAAUGUGCUGAAUUUUUACAUGAAUGAUUCUAGUAAUAAUGUCUUGUAAAGUUACAGACAAGUGACAUUUUCUGUGUGAUUCCAAAGAGAUCAAUGGCCUGAAAAGGGUUGUGAAGUAUACCUUGUAUAACUGGAACUUUAGGCGACCUACACAUAAGAUCAGUGUGAAGUUGAUCCAUUUGUGUGCCAUGUUCACUCAUGUGUCUGAUUUCGUGCAGAUAUCCAAUUCAUGUAGUGGAUAUAUUUUCAGAAUGCUUACACAUAACAGUAGUAGGACAGUAUGUCCUACAUUAAAUUAUUGGCAUAUGCUAUAUAUUCCUUGUGUUAUGUUGAAUUUCAUCUUGGCAGAUCAAGUUUUUGCAUGCUGUUGUUUUGUCCUCAUCAGUGUUGUGGAAAUACUUGAGUGAUAUGACGUUCAAGAUAAUUUUUAUGUACUCAAAACUAUAGGUGGUUAAUUGUACCUUUAGGAAUAUUUUCUGUACUGUGAAUUUUGAAACACAUCAUACUUAGUUCAGCAGAAAAAAUAGGAGCUUGACCAAUGCCCAUGUUUCCAAUUUCAAAUUGAUAUUAUUGUAUAAGCAUGUAAUGACUAAAAUUGGGGUUUCAGAUCAUUGAACAAUAGAAAUGCAUGUAAAUCUCUUAUUCAUGAUGCCAAAUCACUUCCAUGUAGUACUAGGCGUUAUACCUGUUACUUACUAGUUGUACAACAGAGGUUUACUUUGCUUUAACAUUGGACAUAUCUCCAACCAAAUAUGAUACCAUUUAGAUUCUCCUUGCUGGUGGCAAGGUUUUCAGUUGCAGUUGGCAUUUGUUUCCCACUGCAGAGGUGGUUAUGGGUGUCCCAAGUACAUGUGCUUCUUGAAAUAGCAGUGAAUUGGCUUGUUCUGUACUUUAUCAAGUUUCACUGGCCCAUUUACUCAUGAAUCAUUAUUAGGUAUUACGUUUCAUAUGGGUAUGCCUUGUCUGAAAUUCCAAUCAUUUUCACAAAGAUUCAUAUUUUUUGAUACAUGGCCACAAAGAUUGAUAUUCAUCUUUCCAAACUUAUAAUUACUGCUGGAACAAAACAAUUAAUAUGGAAAGAUGGUCCAAGCAGUUGCUCACAGAAUUUUAAAAGGCAUGCACCUGGUGUCCAUGUUUGGAAGGAUAUUUUGCUUGACAUUAAGUGAGCGGUGUGUAAUCUGAGGUCUGUAAAUAUAUCGGUACAUGACAUUAGCUUUGAUCCCCUUUAUAACUUUUGAUAUCUCAGAAUGCUAUUAUUUGUAUAUUUGUAUACUACUGCAAGAAUUCUUUUGAGCUAUCAUACAUUACCUUUUGGUUAUUUGUAUUUUUACAGCACUGUAUAUUAUGUCUGUGCUGAACAUCAUGUGGUAUACACAGCUAAUUUCUUGUGAGAAAUGUAUAUUUGAUACCAUUCACAAAAUCAAAUUGAUCUCUUGUUUAUAUCCAGUGUUCUUUCCAAAAAUAAUUGAAAACCCUGAUCUUCCAUAAAUGCAUGAUCAAAAUGUGAAUCAGUCACUAAUAGUGUGUUCCCACCUAUAUUCAGUCGGUGUUUAAAGUUAAUAUAUCAUCUGACAAUAGAUAGAAACAAAAGAUUGUAGAUAAUAUGCUGUCAAUAGAAUUCAGGAGAUCAUGACAUCAUUAUUGUUGAAUAUGGAUGAAUGUUUGUUGUGUUGUAAGUCUGCUUAGAUAGCCUUAUGAUGUUAUGCUCUUGCUGAUUAUUUUUCUUAUCAUUUGUACAUUUUCUCUCCCAGUGAUCUUGUGGAGAAGAAUUGUAAUAUAGCAUUUUGCUGAAUGCAAAAAAUAAAAUCUAUGGAUCUUA